AAUUCAGACAUUCCAUAUCCUUCAUUGAUUCACCUCCGGGCUAGACCCAUUCUCUAUUUGACCCAAGAGGUCCCUCGCGUUCGCUCACUUUUUAUUCCUACGACCUACUUGCCAGUACCUACAGUACCUGUCUGUCGCACACAGCCUAUCGCUUACACUGCACGCAUACGUCGUUCUCAUCUCCGACCCGCCAUCACACCCUCGUUCAGAAUGCGAGCCCACGCUACCUUCGCUCUCCUCUUGACGGCCCUCGCCGGCCAGGUCGUCGGCCAGGAUGCUGAGAAGGUCAUGGACAACCCUCCCGGAGUGCCCUACAAGGCCACGCUCCCCAAGGAGCGCUUCUUCAAGGACGCCGAGCUCCAAGGCAACGCCAAGGGCUCCAUCCUCGCCGUGGCAACCGACAGCGGAAAUGGCGUCAAGUUCAAGGUCAAGUUCAGCAACCUCCCCAAGGAGGGUGGCCCCUUCACUUAUCACCUCCACGCUGCACCCGUCCCUGAGGACGGCAACUGUACCGAGACGCUGGCUCAUCUCGAUCCUUAUGAGCGCGGCGCCGAGACCCCCUGCGAUGCUAAGGACCCUGCAUCUUGCGAAGUCGGUGACCUGAGCGGCAAGCACGGCAAGAUCGACAGCGACCCCUUUGAAGCCGAGUACAUCGACUACUACGCCUCAACAAAGGAAGGCAUCGGCGCCUUCUUUGGAAACCGCUCCUUUGUGUUGCACUAUGCCAACAAGACCCGCUUGACGUGCGCCAACUUUGUCUCUCAGAUCGAGACCCCCGCGACCAACGAGUCUUACUCCGCCCCUAACUACCUGCCGACUCCGACAGAGACUGUCAACCCGGCCACUGAGACACCCAGCUCCAGCCCCAAGACACCCUCAGGUUCAGGCACCCAGAAGGAACCCGAGCCCUCUUCCACCGAGACUGGAUCGUCCACCACCCCGAACGCAGCCUCAACAUUGGCCCUGCCUGUCCACUUGGCCCUGGCAGGUGUCAUUGCUCUUGCCUUGGCGCUAUGA